AUGGGAGGCUGCCUUAGUUCUCAUCAAAGCGCUCCUCUAAAUCAUAGUAAAAGUAAACUUAUUUCUAAGAGAGGCGACAUGCCAAGGUCUGUAUAUGAAAGUGAGGCUACAUCUGAGUGGGGAGAUUUAAAGGAUUCUUAUACUAGGAGAAGUGUGAAGAAAAAACCAGUUGGAAUUGCUCAUAGGGAGCGAGCUGAAACUAGGCAGGAUGCACCAAGUGCAGUAAUUUCUGAUCGCCAAAAGACGGAGUGAGACUUAGAAAUAAUACUGGAAGCCUUAGGAAAGCAUUUUGUAUUUAAAGGCCUGAGAAAGGAUCUUCACCAAGCCAUAGUUUUCCAUAUGAAAUAUUAUGAUUUAGACCCUGGAGAAAUAAUUUUCGAGCAGAACAACCCUGGAAAUAAUUUUUUCGUAGUAGAAAGUGGUGAUCUCGAAGUAAUUAUUAAUGGAAAUCAAGUAAAAGUACUUCACGCAGGUGAUAGUUUUGGAGAGCUUGCCCUUCUCCAUGAUUCACCCCGAAGUGCAACUGUAAAGACAAUCACAAAAGUAGGCUUAUGGGGCUUGACUCGGCACACUUUCCGAAAAGCCCUUGAAAAAAUAAACGCGACUUAUUAUGAAGAAAACAAAAAUUUUGUCAAUACUGUGCCAUUAUUUCAUAUUUUAACUGCCAAACAAAAAGAAGUCUUGGUUUUUGCAUUGUCAAGCUUCAAAUUUUCAAGUGGGGAAAAUAUUGUAAAUGAAGGUGAUCCUGGGGAUUUAUUGUAUAUAAUAAAAGAAGGCACUGUAAUUUGUACACAAAAAGGAGCAGAAAUCAGACGUAUGGGAAGAGGAGAGUAUUUUGGAGAGCAGGCAUUAUUAUAUGGAAGUGCAAGAACAGCUACUAUUACAGCUGAUGAAAAUGUGACUUGUAUUGCUAUUGGGCGAGAAAAAUUAAUAAAAGUGCUUGGAAAUCAUCUGCAUCAAAUUAUUUAUAAAAAUUCGCAGAAAAUUGCGAUUGAAAAAAGCAAAACUUUAAGCCAAUUGACUAGUGAACAAGCGAAUUCACUGAUUGCUGCAAUGGAAAUUAAUACUUAUGAAGCAGGCACACGCGUAAUUCAAAGAGGCGCAGCUAAAGGUGCACAGCUUAUUAUUAUAUUAAAAGGAAAAUUAAAGUAUUCUGAUACAAUUAUUGAAAAAUUUAAUUGUCUAGGAGACGAAGAAAUUACUAAUGAGUCAGCAGAAACCUAUGAGUAUGAUAUUUUAGCUGAUGCAGAUACUGAUUGUGCAUUUAUUACAAAAGAGAAAUUCCAAAUUUGUAUUGGAGGAAGGUAUGAGCAUGCCACUGCUAAUAAUGAAGCUUUACAAGUCAUGAAAAAAAUUCAGCUUUUAAGAGGACUAAGUAAUGACCAAUUGCAAGCUUUAAGCCACGCUUUACUUGUACAGGAAUACAGUGAUGGCUUUGAAAUUGUCAAACAAAACAGCCCAGGGGAUUCUUUUUUUAUAGUAAGAUCAGGAAAAGUUGAAGUUUACCAAGAUGGUCAGAUGAUAAGGGCUAUUAAAAAAUUGGACUAUUUCGGUGAAAGGUCCCUGCUUUUUGAUAAAAAUAGGACAGCAACUGUGAUAUCUAAAGGCCAAUCUUCAUGCUGGAUAUUAAGGAAGUCUGACUUUUUGAAUAUAAUUGAUGAAGCUUUAAGGACGAGGCUAUUAAAAAGAAUAUCCUAAAUUGAUUAAAAUAGCAAAUAAGCAGAUAAAUAAAAAUAAGGGUAGAUUUUUAUAAAAAAGGAUAUUUUUGCAAGAUGAUAAAAUUGAGAUUGAAGAGCUCGUGCCAGUUAAAGUGCUUGGCAGAGGCAUGUUUGGAAAUGUUAUAUUGACCGCCCAUAGAGCUAAAGGAUCUUUAUAUGCACUUAAAGCAGUUUCAAGGAAAAAAAUCGAAGAAUAUCAAUUACAGUCUAUGGUAAUGCUGGAAAGAAAUAUUCUUAUGGAAAUUGACCACAAUUUUAUAUUAAAAUUAGUCAGGACUUUUAAAGAUAACAAAAGAUUAAGCAAAAUCUCUAUAUAUAUGCAGCACUUCUGCGUAAAAAUAAAAAAUAUUAAAAAUAUCAUAAAAAAGUAUAUAUUUUUUGUUUGAAUAUGUGAGAGGUCUGGACCUUUUUGAUGUUCUCCGAGAGCUUGGCCUUGUAAAUUAAAAUUAGAUUAAGUUAAGUUUGAAUGGGUCUUCGGGGCUUAUUUCACCCCUUUACGCCUUGCCGAUUUCAGACUUCUCGUCCUUAGAAUCGGUUUUAACUGAUGCCCUUACUGUCUAUGUAACAAAUUAUGGUGAUGUUGCAUUCUUCGGGAGACGUGCCCAGACGCUUCUUGGAUAACUCCUAGCAGUCACCAUUAUUUAACCGGGGAGAGUAGGUAGGAGGCGACUCCUAAUCUCCCUUCCGAUCCCAUUACCAUUCAAAUCCAGAAGUAUGGAGUCGUCUUAUGGACUCUGGUCUACUUGCCUGCAAGUGGGGUAAAAAAACCCUGUCGUGGUGUGCCGACCAGAGAGAAAAAACCAUGACACAAAUUUUCAGUCCUCGUCCCUCUUUGACCAAAAGCUCCGAGGAUAUAGGAAAAAGACGAAUCGAAUAAGUUCCCAUUUUAUUUGUGUUCUUGUAAACGAAGAAGAUUCCUUAUUCUACACAUCCUGCCUUCUUUGCAUUUUAGAGCAUCUUCAUGAGCGGGAUAUUAUUUAUCGUGACUUAAAGCCUGAAAAUGUUAUGAUUGACGACGAAGGCUACCCUAAAUUAAUUGAUUUUGGCACCGCAAAAAUUGUCUCUGGAAGGACUUAUACAAUCUUAGGGACUCCUCAUUAUAUGGCACCUGAAAUUAUUAUAGGAAAAGGCUAUGGGAUAGCAGUCGACUAUUGGAGCUUAGGAAUAAUGUUAUUUGAAUUUAUUUGUGGCUGUUUGCCUUUUGGAAAUGACGAAGACGAGCCUUACGCAAUUUAUGAAAAAAUUUUGGCAAGAAAAAUACAGUUUCCUGGGUAUUUAAAUAAAAAAAGUGCAGUUAGGACAGUGAUUGAGCAGCUUUUAAGCAAAAAUCCAGCGAUGAGACUAGGAGGGAGCAUUGAAAAUUUAAAAAGAAAUGAGUGGUUUUGUACAGUUGACUGGGAAAGGCUAUUAAGUAAAUUACUGCCAACUCCUUAUGUUCCUCAUCUGCCUGAGCUGGAUAAAGAAAUUGAAAAAGCUAUGAAAAAUCCAAAGAGCUUGGAAAGCGUGCUGAAUUCUUUAGGAGAAGAUGAAGAUAUAGUGCCUGCUAAAAAAGGGAAUGUCCAAGAGUCAGAAGCUUGGGAUAACGCUUUUUAA